ACGUCUGAUCGGUGCUGGGGGGGUCCGUCUGGGAGUAGAGAUGGCAGGCGGAACGCUUCUCGAUCAUCCCAGGCCGGUGGUAGCUGGUCCCCUGCAGGACAGUGAGGUGCUGGAGGUCCCCCCCCCUCUGGACAUCGAGGGGUCCCCGGCGUACACGAUCCGGGCCAUUCUGGACUCAAGACGCCGGGUGAGGGGCCUGCAGUACCUCGUGGACUGGGAGGGGUACGGCCCGGAGGAGAGGUGCUGGGUACCGGUGGGGGACAUCUUGGAUCCAUCCAUGUUGAGGGAUUUCCAUCGCCUCCAUCCGGAUCGCCCUGCACCUCGUCCUCCGGGGCGACCUCGAGGCCGGUGUCGGCGCGCUGCAGGAGCCGCGCGUCAGGGGGGGGGUACUGUCACGAGUGGCGCUCGGCGGUCGUCGUCACCGGCCUAUUAGCUGCCACUGAUUGUCUUUCCUCCCCCUCCUUGUAUGUUUAUUGGUAGCACCUGUUUAUGUAUGAUUAGUUUGUCUUUAUUAGACAGCCGGCCCGCCUGGUUGUUGUGCGGGAUUAUUUCAGUGUAACCUUCGGCUCUGUUGUAGAGGUACGUGUUAGUGCCUGGUCGUGACUUUUCCGUUGUACAUUUUCAUUCCCUGUGUUUGGGGCCGUUACUAUUGUGAGCACCCUGUGGUGCGUUGGUGCUAUUAAAGACGCACAGCAUUGCACUCUCUGUCUCCUGCGUUUGA